GGACGGCAUGACUCGUGCAAGUGUGAUUGAGUGUUGUUUACAAAAUUGACAGUUCUCUCAUCUUCUCUAAGUUAUUGUAGGCUUUAUAACGCGUUUCAUAUUGUGAAUUUAGAGUAUUAACGUAACCAAAGAUAUGGGGGAAGCCAAAGAAAAAGAGUACGCGUGUGGAAAUAUCCUCUACAUUUCAGAAAUGCUUCUCUCUGCUUGGGUUUGCUAAAUUAGCCAUGCUGCUAACUUACAAUUCAGCUAACUAGCAAGGGAAAAACUGCAUAUCUAUGUAAUCAACCAACCCUGUCUCCGUUUUUGUAGACUAAUAAAAAGUGAGAAUGCUAGGUAUGGGUUGACUAUCUAAAAGAGCUAAUUAUUUAUCUAUGUUGUUGCUAUGUGUCGCCAGCUGAUCUGAGCCGAGCUGGUGGUGAUGAUGAUGAUGAUGAUGAGCAUUGCUGAUGUCAUCAAUCAGCUGGUCGAAGCGCAUGAAGAAGGAAAUGACGUCAACCCCGACAGCCGACAUCUAUGAGAGCCGUCGGAGCACGUUCUGAUCCCUACCGGCAGACCAGACAUCGGGUGGAACAGUUGAAGCAGCUGGGCCACCGUGUGGACAAGGUGGAGUUUAUAGUGAUGGGAGGAACCUUCAUGGCCCUGGCUGAGGGGUACAGAGACUACUUUAUCAGGAACCUCCACGACGCCCUGUCAGGACACACCUCUAACAACGUGGCUGAAGACCUCAGGUGCUCGGAACGCAGUAACACAGAAUUCUGGGUAAUAUCCUGAUGAAUGGAAUAGAGGGGUAACAAGACUCCUGUUGCAUUCUGGGUAAUAUGCUGAUGAAUGGCAUCGCCAUCGAGACGCCGUCCUGACGACUGUCUGAAGAGACACCUCAGUGACAUGCUGGGGUACGGCUGUACCCGGCUGGAGAUAAGGGUUCAGAGCGUCUACGAGCACGUAGCACGGGACACCAACAGGUCAGAGGGCAGAGGUUAAGGGUCAGGAGGGGGGUUUUUGAAUGGAGUUGUCAUAGCGACUGCUAGUGAUAUGUCUUUAGUCUAACUCAUAGCUGCUGGUCAUUAAUCACCCUCAACCCACUCGAAUUCACAUAUUUUCCAUACCGCCCCAACAGAUCCACAGAUGAUGCAAUCUCUAUUGCCCUCCACACUGCCCUUUCCCACCUGGACAAAACAUCUAUGUGAGAAUGCUAUUCAUCGACAACAGCUCAGCGUUCAAC